AUGUCGAAGCCAGACUGGAAUGCACUCAUUCAAGCGAAGCGCGCCGCCCGUGACUCUCGCAUACCCGGAGAAUGGCUUUUGGACAGCAGCAUCACCAGCCAAGCCCGCCGUGACAACCCAAUCAGCGCCUUCGACCUCCUCAACCAGACCAACCUCCUCACCAAGCGUGAACGCGGAAUUACUGAGAAGUAUGAUGCUACGUCUCUCCUCGCCCAGCUGGCCUCUGGCGCGUUGUCUUCCUUCGAAGUGACCAUGGCCUUCUGCAAGCGCGCUGCAAUCGCCCAGCAGUUGAUUAAUCCUUUGACAGAGAUUUUCUUUGACAAGGCGCUCGAGAGAGCAAAGGAGCUGGAUGCCUACCUUGCGCGAGAGGGUAAACCCAAGGGUCCGUUUCAUGGAUUGCCCAUCAGUCUCAAGGACAUGUGGAUGGUAAAGGGUGAAGCCGCUACUCUGGGCUUUGUCGCAUAUCUACCCAAGCCAGUUGCGGAGGAGAACUCGCCCAUUGUCGAUAUCCUUCUCGACGGCGGCGCCGUCUUGUACUGCAAGACAAACGUUCCUCAGGGCUUGUUUUCCAUGGAGGGUGAAAACAACGUAUUUGGCGUAACUCUGAACCCCCACAAGCUCACACUGGGCGCUGCUGGCAGCAGCACCGGAGAGGGAGCUUUGGUCGGGUUCCGUGGCUCACCCCUUGGUCUAGGCACCGAUAUUGGAGGGUCUAUCCGUUCACCAUCUCUCGUCAGCGGCGCGUACGGAUUCAAGCCCACCGCAAACCGGAUCCCGUUCUCCGGUCAACAGUUUCACUUCCCCAAGGGAUGGCCCGGCAUCCUUCCUUCAGCUGGACCACACGCCAACAGUGCCCAAGACCUUACCUACUUUUGCAGGGCCAUCAUUGGACGUGAUUCCUGGAGGAGAGACUAUUCGGCACUAGCAGUCCCGUGGGCAGAUGUCCCGAAAAGGAAGCUCAAAAUCGGGUACUGGGAGGGCUCACCUCAGACUCCUGUAUUCCCUCCUAUCCUGCGGGCCCUCCGGAAGGCUGCAAAGGCGUUGAAGGCUGCUGGCCAUGAGAUCAUUCCGCUGUCCACGCCCGAGGGAGGCGGUCCACUCGAAUGUGCCGGUAUCUAUAUUCACUCUCUCGGCUUUGACACAAACGCCACCCUCAUGCAGUUCAUUGAUGAUGCUGAGGAGGAGAUCCUACCCGGGAUGAAGGAUCUUAAGGAGGGGAUGGCGAGUGCUCCCAAGAGCACUCUUGAAGACGUCUGGCAGUUUCAUGGCGAUCGCGGGGAUUAUCGCCAGGCGUGGCAUGCCAAGUGGGCCGAGACCGGCAUGGAUGUCUUGCUCUGCCCUGCGCACCAGGGAACCGGCAUGCCUCACAAUGCCUACGGUCUCCCAGUGUAUACCAUGAUCUGGAAUCUUUUGGAUUGCCCUGCAAGUGUCAUUCCCUUUCUCAAGGCGAGUAAGAUGAUUGACACAGACAAGGUUGAAGGAUAUGACGCGGAUGCUCUUGAUGGUGCGCCGGCCCAUGUGCAAGUUGUUGGAUGGACCCUCCGCGACGAGGAGGUACUGAUGGCUACGGAGGUUAUUGAUGAGGUGUUGAGGAAUAUCCCCGAAGCGGAUUUCCCCCCUUUGCACUCCUCACUAUAG